UAAUGACUAACAGCAACGAAGAAGAAACGAUGAAUGCAUCGAAUUUAAAAUAUAAAAAACCAACGGAAAACAGUGAAAUUAUCGAUAAGGACAACGUCGAAGUUAAAUAUUUAUCGAAUUCUAAUGAACACGUGCGAGAAAUACAAAUUCUAACACCUGCGGAUUGUGUUCGAAAAAAGGAUACUCUGUUUUUAUAUUUCGUAGUUUUGACAGGUACAAUGUCUGUGAUAGUAGGUGCUGGAUCUUUCGUCUGGACAUCGCCAGUGGUACCAAAACUAAUAUCGAAUAACACCGACGAAAAUCCGAUUGGUAGACCUGCAACUACCACGGAAAUAUCUUUGAUAGCGGGGUUGCCGUUUUUAACUAUGAUAUUCGGUUCGUUUUUAUUAGGAAGUUUAUCCGAAAUGGUAGGGAGAAAACGAUGUUUACAAUUUAUAGGUUUAGGAAUGUUUGUAUCGGCCGUAAUUGUCGCUUUUAGUACAAACGUAAUAUUCAUAAUAAUAUUUAGAUGUGUAUUAUUCAUGUUUUAUAAUGGAGUUUUGACGGUUUAUCCAAUUUACUUGACGGAAAUAUGCGAGGAUCACAACAGGGCUAAAUACGGUUGUCUGAUGGGGGUAUUUCUACCUUUCGGUAAUCUGUACAGUUACAUUUUAGGUUCUUUUUUCAACGUCCGAUCUUAUUCGCUCUUAUUGGCCGCCCCUUUAGCUUAUUUUCUCGUAUUUUUCUUCUUCGCUCCGGAAUCUCCAGUGUAUUCUUCGAUAAAAGGACAUCGAGAAGAAAGUUUAAGGGCUUUGAAAAAAUUGAGAAAUAAUAAAACGCGCGACGAAAUAACCGAAGAUUACGACAAAAUUUCGAAUACUAUUAGAAAAAGAUCCGCCAAAAUGAGUAUAUUAGAAAUUUUGCGCGACGGAGACCUUAGGUACGGUAUGAUAUUAGCCCUCGGGCCUGUGUUGGUGCAAAAUUUAUCGGGGGUGACUAUAGUGAUGGCGUUUAUGGCGCCUAUUUUCAACGCCGCCGGUUUCUCUGGUAAUUACAUGUCUAUAAUUGUCGGCGCUAUAAAAGUAAUUACGAUCACUUGCACCUCUUUCGUCGUAGAAAAAACCGGCAGAAGAAAAAUGUUGUUUACCUCGGCCAUAGGUACCGGAUUUCCUCUAUUAAUCUUAGGAAUCUUUUUUUAUUUGCAAAAUAUCGAUUCUCCAUUGAUAAAACACGUGCAGUGGCUCCCUCUACCUUGCGUUAUAUGUAACGUCGUUAUGUACUCCGUAGGGCUCGGUCCGAUACCGAUGGCUAUUAUGAGCGAAUUAUUCGUACCGGAAGUAAGAUCGGUAGCAGUUUCGAUUGUAACGGCUUUGAUGGGUUUCUGUAUAUUCAUUACGACUACCAGCUACCCGUUCAUGGUCGAAAUUCUUGGGAUACAUUGGUGCGUUUGGAUGUAUAGCUGUGUAUGUUUUUUGGGCGCCGUUUUUAUUUAUUUCGUGAUUCCGGAAACGAAAGGGAAAAGUCUACUUCAAAUACAACAGUAUUUGAAAACCAGAAACUUUAAUCAAGACCUGCUCUAAUUCAAAAUUAAGCCUCAAGUUUCAGUUUUUCUUUGUUCUUUUUAUACGAAGAAGAAAUAUGUCAAUGUGUCAAUGGUUGCUAGAAUGACGUAUAGAUGGCUGUCUAUCCAAUAAAAUCAAUCCUGAGUUAAGAUAUAUCGUAAUAAUUUAUCAAUUACAAAAACUUCAUACUUUAUCAAACUCCUUUUUUUACACGUCAAUUUUUUUCAAUAAUGUAUUCUAUUUUUUUUUUUUUUUUAAUAAAUGUUUAUAAACCUGAAAA